AAUUAUCAAAAGCAACCAAAGAUGAUAAAAUACCUAAGACCCGUAUAUUUAUAGAUGAUAAAAUGGACAUGAUAGGUUUAUUUAAAGAUAAUAAAAUUAUAUCAUCUGGUUUUGACUGGAAAUAUAUAGAUAUCUCUACUGAAAGUAAAAUUAAUGAUCUUCGACCUCAAACCACAGUAAAUAGUACUUGUACCACCAUACAACAACAAUAUAAUGACCUAGUGAAUCCAUUCAUCGAAGAUGUAGAUGCAUUUUCAUCCGGAGUUCC